AUGUGGGUACGUCCAAUAUUUCAGCAAAGGCGCCAACAAGGUGAUUUUCACCAGUUACUACAAGAACUGCGCCGUAACGACCCGGAAAGCCGUUUCCGUUUUUUGAGAAUGUCCAAGGAGACGUUCGAUUGUCUUGUCGAGAAAGUGACCCCUUCACUAACAACAAGGUCCUACCGAAGUGAAACAAGAGCAGAAAUCUCUCCAGCUGAAAGGUCGGCUAUGACAUUGAGGUAUCUAGCAACAGGAAGCUCUCAAGUGUCUCUUUCCUUUAAUUUCAGAGUUGGUCACUCGACAGUUUGCAGAAUCAUAAGAGACACUUGCACUGUACUCUGGGAAGUGUUGCUACCUCACUAUGUUAAAGCACCAUCAACUGAAGAAGAGUGGAAAGGAAUAGCAACCGAUUUUGAAAAGAUUUGGAAUUUUCCGAAUUGCAUUGGAGCAAUUGACGGAAAACAUGUGAUUCAAGCGCCAGCUGGUGCUGGGUCCGUGUACUACAAUUAUAAAGGGACCCACUCUAUUGUCCUUAUGGCUGUUUACGAUGCGCAUUAUCGCUUCCUAAUAGUUGAUGUAGGAGAUAGUGGUCGGCAUAGUGAUGGAGGUGUUCUUGCACAUUGA